UCGUGAAACGUACAAGAGUAACAAACCAGCUAGCUCACUUAACAAUUCUUACUGUUAAAUAAAAUAAUAAUAUUCUUUAAACAAAAUGAAAGUAUUGUAUCUAGUGUCAGUAUUCAUAUACAUUGCCGCUGUUAUGGGCAUGCCACAAAAGGUAUCCUUAACGCCUUUAUCUUCUGAAGAAGAUUUUGGUUCAGUGAGGGGUGGCUCUUUACAAAAUCUUGCCUCCAUUCAUGAUCGUUAUCCCAUCUAUGUGCUUGGACCCUAUCACAGUGAAGAUCGCCAAAGGCCUAAUUUAAAUGCUUUACGAGCUUACAUUAAUAAUUUAAAUGCGGAUUCAAUAAUGUUAAGAAAACUCUUGCUAUCGAAAUUAGUUGCUCAAUGUGCGAAUCAAAAUCAAAAAAAUAACAAUCAUUUAUGUAGUCAUAUUUUCGAUAAUGAUAAUAGUAAUGUCUAUUUCACAGUUUCUCCUGAACUUCAAUUAUCGAAUGAAUCGUCCAAGAUCAAGAAGAAUUUCGAUGAAAUCGACAAAACCUCUGCCAGUUUCAGCACUCUCAAUCAACUGAUAUAAAGGAUAAAAAUGCCCUCUAAGGAAGGACAUGUUUCAAAAAAUGUUAAUGCGGAAUUUGGAUCAAGCAGCUCUCGAGUACAUUAAUCGAAUCUGGUGUAUUGUAAUAUUACGAAACUAUACUUUAUGUUAAUUAUAAUUUUCUUAUACAAAGUACUUAUUAUAUUUAGAAAAAAUAAAAAAUUGAAUACAAAUU